AAUUCUUUUUUUUUUUACGUUUUAACUUCUGCUUUUUUUAUAGAACUUAGUUUGUAGGUCCGUUACCUGAAUCAAGAAAAGGGAACAGAUAUAUAUUGGUAGCAGUAGACUAUCUUAGUGGAAGGCCACUUGCUCUUGUCAUGAACUUUGCGGAUGGUGAUGGUGUAGUUGAUUUCCUUUAUCAAGACAUCUUCUGUAAUUUUGGUCCACCUAGGAAGCAACGUAUAUCAAGCACAUAUUUCCAGUAUAAGCGGCAUUCACGAUUGCAAGGAUAUUACCAUGAAUCAAAUACUAGGUAUGGAAUUGCUGUAACCUUUUUGAUGAUAAAACGGUGAAUUCUUUUGCUAAAUGGUGUAACAUCGAAAACUGGACUUCAUGGAGGUGAACACCAAAAGAAAACGGGCCGACCAUCAAGAAAAGAUCCGUACAAGAUCCCUUUAUGUGAUAAAGAAUAUACAAACAUGGAUGAAACUGGUCUAUAUUAUUCGGCAUCACCUAGGUAUACAAUAGCCCAUGCAGAUAGCCAGUCCAUCGCAGGUCAAAAAAUUGGCAAAUCAUGUAUCACAGUUGCAGUCCUUGCUAACGGCGAUGGAUCAGAUCGAGAUGCUUAUUAUAUUAAGGAUGAUUUCCAAGGUGAUGUGGCGAACAAGAUUGCGACCUAUCUUCCAACCUAUCAAAAACAUAUAAAGUCUCUCAAGGACGAUGGGUACACCGUCAUUGGUUAUAUUAGGAAGUCCCCUGAAACUGAAACUAUGGAAACCAGACAUAGAUUACUACAUUCCAUGAGCUCAAGACUUCAAGAAAGAUCAUUGGUGGAUAUGGUUUUUGCUUCUUCUUGCUGCCGUGCCUCUGAUGCGAUCGAAGAAAGGGAUCUAGAUAACAAAUCCGCGGAAAAACUUGACGUUGCUGGCGACACUCAAGAAAUGCUAACCUUCAUCAGUGGAAAGACCAAGGUAUGUCUUGUUAUUCUGGAUUAUGCUGGUCUCAGCACAGAUUGUGCUGAUCUUAGAAAGUUCUUAGGUAACUAUCAACAAAUCAAGAAAAUCGUUGUCGAUAUGUUACCUUAUACAAAUGAAGUCAAUAUGUACGACUGCAGUCAGCUUUUGCAAGAUCCCGACAAGUUAAAGGUCUUCGAUUGCCGAAAAAGGCCUACCAAAGAAGCCAUUGGUCUAGUAUAGUUUGUUAGUAUAUAUAUAUUUAUGAUAAAAAAAUAUCCAGUUUUUCUUCUGUUUUCGAGUUUAUCCAACUUCCAAUUAGUCUUUCUCGAAAUUUUUAUAAAGUUAACAUUUGAU